CAAAAUAACUUCUGGAACAGCUUCUUUAAAGCUAAUAUUGUAGAGGACACUUCGCUUGAACUCUACUCCCCUCGGUGCUGUCACUUUCGAUUUGGAGAAAUUAAAUAUUGACUUCUAACUUAGUUUUGCCAAAGGUUACGAAUUCACGUAGGGCAAAGGCUCGUCUCCUAUUGUAAGUGUGUGUAUAGGGGGCGGGUGGAGGUUAUCUGAACGUGUUUAAACAUGCGUGCGUAAAUGGAGAAGUAGCCUAACUACCGCAAUAACUAAAUGUAGAAUGGGGACCGCUAUCAAUAUUCUAAGAGUUCUGUUUGUACGAGAAUAUGUUUAUUUAAAUACGAUAUUGGUCCCAGCCCCAUAGCAACUUCUAAAAUUAGGAGUUGUCAUGUGUCAUGUUGACCAGAUGGUCAGACGAUCCAACAGUCCUUCUGCCGAGGACACGCCCCUUAUACGAGUGGACACUGGACAGUACCGUAGCGUAAAAUCUGAUGUAUGAAGGAUUAAAACUUCGCACGUUUUAUUUGUUUGAAUGAUAUACAACGUUCAAAGUGAUUUACAUCUGCACGUUUGAUUCAUGCCGUUAUGAUGCGAGAGGAGGAUCUAAUUCGAAUUGCUAAAAAACUGGACAAGAUGGUGUCUAGAAACAACACGGAUGGCGCUUUGGAUCUGCUGAAAGAGCUAAGGAGUUUUAACAUGACGCUUAAACUCCUGCAGGAAACCAGGAUCGGAAUGUCUGUGAACAGCAUCAGGAAGCACUGCACCGAUGAGGAAGUGGUAACCCUGGCUAAGCUACUCAUCAAAGACUGGAAGAGACUUCUGGAUACCCAGAGCCCCACUGAGAUGAAGAAUGGGGUUGAACACCCCGGGUCUCCGGUCCAUUCCCCUUUUGAUAGAGACACCAGUCACAGGAGACCAGAAAUCGAACCGAGGUCAGACUCAGAGCCUGAUAUAAAAGACCCUGACAAACCUGAAAGAGACAAGCUCGAACACGACCAGAAGAAGGACAAGCAGGCCGGGGGAGAGUGGAAGAGAGCGAGGCCUCCAACUGGGCACCAGAACCACAGGCCGCUAGAAACACCCAGAACCGGUAAACAUCCACAAGAGCCCAGGAAAGAGAGUCACGCAGAAGAGAACAAGAAGCACAGGGACCUCGACGACACGGGGAAGGAGAGACGAACGGAGGCGCCGAGGAAAGAGAGACACAUUCAAGACCAUCGCAACAACCGACACGAGCAGGAAACCAAGACAGCCCGACCGUCAGAGGAACACAAGAAGGACAGGUGUCAGGAAGAAGCCAGAAAAGACCGAGGUUCCGAGGACGAGCGGAGAGAGAGACACGCGGAGCCGUGCAGGAACGAGAGACGCUCGCACGAGACACCCAAAGAGAGACCCGCCGACAACCACAAAUGGGUGUUUGAGAGGAGAAGUGUGUUGGAUGGGAACAUUCUGUACCCCUCCCGCUACCCCUCUCCUCCCCGGAUCCCCCGUCCCCCUCGCCCUCCUCCUCCGGUCAAACGUCUGUCAGUGGAGGUGACCAAAGAGAGGACGGACUCCACGGACUCUCUGCCCUCCUCCCGUCCUCCUCGUGCGCACCCCCCCAAGUCCACCUCUCCUCCGCCCGGACGGCCUUCUCUGGAGGUGAAGAAGGAGAGGAAGAAAGCUCCGGACCCCAACGCCCCGCUUUCCCCUGUUCCUCUUCACCUUCAUCCUCCACCUAAGCCCUCCUGUGUGCUGGAGGUCAAAAAGGAGAGAAAAGGGCCCCCGGACCCCAAUGCUCCUCUCGCUCCUCUUCCUCUUCAUCUCCACCCCCCGCCCCCCACCAAGCGCCCGUCGGUGGACGUAAAGAAGGAGAGAAAGGAGACGUCCGAAUCCAGACCUGUUCCUCAGAAGAGGCCGUGUGACCCUAUAAAACACGACAGGAAAAACUCAUCGGAGAGCAAAGCACCCAAGUUAUCGUCUGUGGAAGCUAAGAAAGAAAGAAACGACUCAUCUGAAUCUAAACCACAAGCUCCUAAGCGCUCUAUUGUGGACGGCAGGAAAGACAGGAAGGACUCGACGGACUCCAAGCCUGGACAUCCAGUCAAAAGACAUUCAUCGGACUCCAAACCAGACAGGAGGGAGUCCACUGACUCCAAGAAAGCUGUAUCCCCUCCGGCUAAGAAGCUCACUGGUGACAGAAGGGAGUCGCAUGGGUGCAAGUCCUCCCCCUCCGCCACUCUGCAGAGGAAGGCCUCCACCGACAGUAUUGAACGGAGAGUAAAACCAGACACCCCCAAGUCCCCCACCACCCCGACCAGCCCCAUGUCUCCCUCCUUCAGCUCGGCAGGGGGUCCGCUGUCCCCUCGCCUGGCCACAGGGGACUCCGUCAGGGACAAGUGCAUCGAGAUGCUGGCAGCUGCGCUGCGUACAGACGAUAACUACAAAGAAUUUGGGACAAACUGUGAUGCCAUGGCUGCAGAGAUGGAAGACCAUAUCUACCAGGAGAACCGAGCCACAGACAUGAAGUACAAGAACAGGGUCCGCAGCCGCAUCAGCAACCUGAAGGACCCCAAGAACCCGGGUCUGCGGAGGAACGUUCUGGCAGGAGGCAUCGAGCUGAGCCGCUUCGCCGUCAUGACUGCCGAGGAGAUGGCCAGUGAUGAGUUGAAGCAGCUGAGGAAUGUGCUGACCCAGGAGGCCAUCAGAGAGCACCAGAUGGCCAAGACAGGCGGCACCUCCACCGACCUGCUGCAGUGCGGAAAGUGCCGGAAGAAGAACUGCACCUACAACCAGGUCCAGACCCGCAGUGCUGAUGAGCCUAUGACCACCUUUGUGCUGUGUAAUGAGUGUGGAAAUCGCUGGAAGUUCUGCUGAUGUAUGCUGCUGGAGCCAGGAGUCUGGGAGGUCAAAGGUCACGUUAUCUGCCCUGAGAGAAUUCUGUCUUGGACCUUGCCCAUCACACAGAACAAUAACAUUGCUUUUACUAAAGGGAAAAGGGGAAAUAAUGGAUGAUGAAUCAAUGUGUUUAGUGAUUUUACAACAACAAAAACACACAUAGUGUUUUUGAGAUACUUGCAAUUUAUACUUGACUUUUUAAGAUUGGUAUGCAUGAGAUUUAGACUGGGAUUUAAUUCAUGUUAACAUUGUCAUGGGCUGGGUGGGGCGGGUGGAGGGGUCUGUGCAGGUGGGUGAUUGAGUCAUUGAUCCUGUUGAAUCACAAGCUACACUAGGGUGCUUAUGUGGUUAAAUGCUGAUAUCAAUGUCACUAAUAAAAUGCAGAUUUUAUUUCAAA